AUUAAUGUUUGAAAUAGCUGGGCUCUGUGAGCUCAGACAGGCCCAAUGGUACAGGAGUCGUAGCAAUUUUUUUGGACUUAGCUUGAGGGGCUGGACAUAUCUGUGCACUGAGUGGUGAUGAAUGGCCAGUUUGGCACUCGUAACCACAGUUGGAGCCUCAUUCACAGCUCAUGGUACACUGCAUAACUGUCCCCUGUGAAUGCUCUCUGAAGGGGCUGUUUCAUUCAAACUGGCCAUAUGGAAAACAGCAGAAAAAGGCAUUUAUAAAAGGCUCAAGUGACACAACCCAAUGUCUGUGGUAUCUGAAGUGAAGAAAUGGAAUGCUGGGUUCUAGAGGGAGACAGCUACUCAUUUCUUCGCAGUGCUCCACACACGUUCAACCUGCAAAAUUGUGAAGGGCCAAAUCGUGUGGAGAUCUUUGACAUCACUUCAAUCCCCAGCCAUCGUAAUGCCAUAUCUGAAACAACCUGCCUGUGUGACAUUUUUGGGGAUGACUGCGAGUCUCCGUCACUUUCCAGUAGCCCAGCCUCUGCCGCAUUUAUCAGGAGGGAAGUGAAUCAGUCUUUUCCAGCAGAUGAUACCAAUGACUCUUCAGGAUCCUAUCACACUGCCAAUGGAUCUGACUUAAGCGACAACACUGAAGUCACUUACAACACACCUUCUCCAGAAAAUAUCCAAAAUUUUUCCACAUCUGAGACCAGGGAAUCACGUUCACCCCCAGCUGAAUCAACCAUCUUGUCUGAUUCCAAUAAUGGACUUAAACCACAAGACUGCACACCACCUGCAUCAAAAGUCAAUGGUAAUGACCUUUCACAUACAGAUAACUGGGAAGAACCACAAGCGUCAGUGAACAAUGCCCCAGUGAAUGAAAUGGGAAUCACAAAUGCAUCUGAACCACAGUAUGUGAAUUCAACAACAGCUACUACCCUGAUUAAUCCAGCAAAUGGACCUUCUAAUACUUCAUCCUGCUCUUCAGAAGAGAAAGAACCUGCUGUUUUUGAGCAAGAAGGAAUUAUUAAAACACCUCAACAUACAAGUACAAGCCCAUUUUUAGAUAAACAAAUAUUUGAAUCAGACUCAGAAUCAGACAAAGAGAGUAUGAACUAUCGAAGUCCACAAGAGCAAAACAUUCUCUUUGCACAAGGGACAGUGAACAGUGGCUCUACAUCAGAACUGUCAAACCCUUCUCCAACAGAUUGCAGCCCUAUGCAGGAAAUGUCUACUUCACAUUCAAACAGAGAUAUUUAUUUUCUACCCAUACCCAGUAUCAUGCCACAGCCCAGAUUAACCUCCACUUCAACUGUAAGCAGGGAAUCUACCUCCACACCUGCAUCCACAAGUAGAUCUACACCUGAGCUGCUGAAUUUGUGUCCAACUCAAGUUAGGAAUGCAUCAGAGUCUCCAAACUUGGAGAACACUUAUGGUGCUUCUUUAUCUGUAUCUACACUUCAUACCAGUGAUAAUGUGAAAAUAGAUUCUCUAACUGUGUCUGCCAUUUCUACUGAAACAAGAGGAAUGGUAAAUUCAUCCAUAGAUGGUAGAGAAAGACUGAAAUCACCUGAGAUCAAUGAAACCUGCUCUUCUCCUGAGCACUCAGCACCUGCUUACUCACCAGAACCAGUACUGAUUCACUCCCCUGUGGGUUACACCAUCAGCCCAUCACCUACAUGUGAGAAAAUUGUUUCUUCAAUUGAACCUGAAGAUUCACCAUCCUCCCCUUUAUUACCUGAAAUCAAUGAAACCUGUUCUUCCCCUGAGCACUCACCACCUGCUCACUCACCAGAACCAGUACUGAUUCACUUCCCUGUGGGUUACACCAUCAGCCCAUCACCUACAUGUGAGAAAAUUGUUUCUUCAAUUGAACCUGAAGAUUCACCAUCCUCCCCUGUAUUACCUGAGAUCAAUGAAACCUGCUCUUCUCCUGAGCACUCAGCACCUGCUUACUCACCAGAACCAGUACUGAUUCACUCCCCUGUGGGUUACACCAUCAGCCCAUCACCUACAUGUGAGAAAAUAGUUUCUUCAAUUGAACCUGAAGACUCACCAUCCUCCCCUGUAUUACCUGAAAUCAAUGAAACCUGCUCUUCCCGUGAGCACUCAGCACCUGCUCACUCACCAGAACCAGUACUGAUUCACUCCCCUGUGGGUUACACCAUCAGCCCAUCACCUACAUAUGAGAAAAUUGUUUCUUCAAUUGAACCUGAAGACUCACCAUCCUCCCCUGUAUCCCCUGAGAUCAACGAAACCUGGUCUUCUCCUGAGCACUCAGCACCUGCUCACUCACAAGAGCCAGUACUGAUUCACUUCCCUGUGGGUUAUACCAUCAGCCUAUCACCUACAUAUGAGAAAAUUGUUUCUUCAAUUGAACCUGAAGACUCACCAUCCUCCCCUGUAGUCACAAGGAUUGAUUACAGUGAUAUCUGCUCCUCUCCUGAUCACUCCGUUCCAGCUCAAUCACCAGAACCUGAAAUAAUUCACUCACUGAUGGGUUAUACCAUCAGCCCAUCACCUACAAAUAAGAGAAGAUUUUUUUUAGUAAAACCUGAUGACCUACCAUCCUCCCCUGCCAUCACAGGAACUGAUUACACAGCAACACCAACAUGCAGUAGAGAUUCCACACCUGUGUUAAGGAGCAUUACAUCCACUCCAAACAGCAGAGAAAAUUUCCUUACAGCAGAGCCCAAUUGCCCAGCCCCUUCACUGGAAUUGAGAUCAGUCACCUGCUCACCUGAAAUCAAAACAAUAUCAUAUAGUGUUCUGCCACAAAAUACAAAAUCCCCUGGCAUCACAUAUAGCGUUACACCAACCGAAGAUUUAGCACAAUCACCUGCAGUAGAGACAAAUGUCUGUGGCAACUCCUCUGAAACUUCCAACCAUCUUUUUGGAAAUGACACCUCUGUCUCACCUAGCUCAAGGAACUUUUUGUCAACACCAGAAAGUAGAUCAAGGCCCUCAUCAGCUGCAUCAGACCAUACCAAACACACAGCACAAUCCCCUGAUCUCCAACCUGAGCCUUCCAUCACUCUUGAAAAGGCAGAAAAUCAGACUUUAUCCAUAAUCUGUGAUGGAAUUAAUCAUCCUUUCUCUAACCCAAUAGACUGUUUUAAUUGUUUUGAUGACCUUGCUGACACAAAGACUCCCAAAAGCAUUGCAUCUGUCCCAGACGAAUGCAAAGGCAGUGGACCACCAGUUCUUAGCCAAAUGCAGAUCUUACAAUUUUCAACCUCUGAAACCACAGAUUCUGGAUCGUCCACAGUAAAAAUUGAGGAAAAUCAAGAAAUUGUCACUGAUUACACAACUGAUUUAACUGUCUGUGGAACACCAACUUCCACAAGUCCAUGGGCUGCAUCUGUGCCGAAGCCAAUGGCAUCUUUAGAGAAGAAACAAUGCCAUGUUGAGGUUUUUGAUAGCAGCAUGGGAACGGAAAUGUUGAAAAAUGAUUCCCCAAACAGUAACAAGAGGCUUAGUCAAGUGCCUGUAGCAUUAAGAGAUAGCCCAGGGGUUAUCAGUAGGGACAAUGGUGGUGAAUUUGACAGGCAGCCAUGCACGGAAAAGAAGGAGGGAGAGGGGGAGGAGACUAUGGGAAAGAGUAGUUACAGAGGGGAACAGGUUGAGCUGUCAUUCAGGGCCAGGAAUAGAAAAGGGCCUGCAGGCCACAGCCCAGCUCUCUCAAGUCAAGACCCAAAGUCAGGAAUUCCAGCUCGCUGUUAUUUUGAGUCGCACCCAACAACUCUGCAGCAACAGAAUCAGCUCAGAGCUCAGGACUCACAACAAGAGAACAAGGUUGGCACCAGGAGGCUCCAGUCAGCUGCCCAGGGUAAAUACAGCAGUGCAGGCUUUCUUCCUCCUGAAUGUACUGGUGAGACCUCCAGCAUGGGAAGUGAAUUUGAUGAAGCAGACAAUGAAGUAAAGUGGUUUACAGAUCUGGCCUUCAGAAGCCUAUCUAGCCCUCAGGUGGAUUAUUUGGAUGUGUACAAUUCAAGCCACAGGUCAUCUACAAAUGUUUCACAGACAUCGACCGUAGACAGCCCUGGUGCUGUUGCAUGGAUGACAUACGCAGACUUACAUGGCUCAGCGUUACCUGAAAACGAUGGCUCAUCUUUUCUUCUCCGUGAUGGCCUGGACCCAAACAAACACUUCGAAAUAGGGAGUUUUGAGUGUGUGGACAUUGCAUUAGAGAGCAAGGAAGAGUCCAGUAGAGGAAAGAGGACAGUACCUAAAAGGCAGAUCCAGCUGUUAAGGCGGAACACAGAUGAAUCAAAAUAUAAAGGAAACACUGAAAAUAUUUUGAAUUCACCCUCCACACAUAGAUGCUCAAAAGACACACUUGUUCGUCAACAUAGCACACCAGCAUUUGUGCAAAUGGAAGUUUCCAAUGAGGUGCCAGAUUCACCACAAAAUGACAGGAAAAAGACACUGCAGAAGUCUGUGUCUUUAGAUGAUGGCUCCCCUAAGACACAAAUGGCGUCUUGCAUUAUCAAGAGUGUGUUGUCAAAGAAAAUGCAGGAUGUGCAGAAAGAGACACCAAAAAGUACAGAUCCAGGUCGAUCUGCAGAUAAAAACAAACAUCCUGAUGUCAGCCCCAGCUCUUUUGAUGGUGUACCAAGUACCAUGGAGAAACAUAGUUUAAGCUCUAGCCUGCAUUCUCAAUGUACUCUUUCAUCUGAAGAUUUUGCUGUCGGAGAGGAGAGAAUUUCAAAUCGUCAGCUGAAGAAGUGUGCUCCAAAAGUUCCUCCAAAGCCAUUCUUAAGACCUGCAUUCUUUAACACUGGGGAAGCUCAGGUAGCUGACAACAUUACAAGGGAGGAAGCAAAGCCUAUGUUGGCCCCUCCACAAGUUGAUGACAAAAUGCAAAACUGCAAGAGUGAUGGGAAAGAGGGUGGAGGUAGCAACCUUGAAGAGAAGUACAAUAGUGACUCAGCAAAUCCCAGUAUCAGGAAUACAAGUCCUGCUGUUGCUACACCAGUAAUUAGCAUGCCAAGCAGAAUGACAAGCCGAGACAUAAAAAAGCGCCAGAUGACACCAGAAAACCAGGAACAGCUGGCUGGAAAGAGUGUGUUUAUGUCAAAAACCCCAGAAAUAACUUUGAAACCUUCUUCUAUCAAAGGAAAAAAGACAUCAUCUCUGAAAGUGUCUCUGUCCCCUGACUUGGAACAGUCCAGAGAAAUGUCUGAAUCUCAGACAAUGGAGAAAGCUACAGAUAUAAGCACCAGAUCUACCAAAGUCACAGAGACAAAAGACAAUGAUGACAGCAACAAAAAAUCUGUUAUACAUAGAGUUAGGGAUGUGAGGAAGUUGGUAAAAAACACAUACAACCUGUCUUUCAAAGCAUCAAAUUCAACCUCUACUGCAGAAGACAUGGUCAUUCAAGAGAAAAGAGAGAAGCCGCCACAAACUCCUCCAGCCUUGCAAAUUGAAUGUAAAGCCAUCAGUUGGAAGGACAAACAAACAUCAGGCAGCAAAGCAAUCCACUAUCAUGGUGAAAAACAACCUGUUGACAUAUCAAAAAUAUCACAACCAUGGGUGUGCACAGAGACAAGAAGAGAUGCUGACAUCACUGAAAUAACAUCCAAAGUCUCUUCACCAAAGACGGAGUCACAACAUAAAUUGCCAUAUCCUAACUCUACAACCACAGAUGGAUUACCUGAAUCAGAAAGUAUCACUAAGAAAUCUUACAUUCACUGUGAUCAGAGUUCUAAGAUGCCCCCUAGACCCCCGAGUAAGGAGCGAGAAGUUUCUGCAUUGGUGGUUCUUCCAGAUUGCACAUCCAAGACAAAGACCAUUGCCCCAACAGUCCUUAACUCUACUCAAACGAAAGCUGCAAGCAGCAGCCACUCUGUAUCCAUGCUACUGAAAGAAAAAGGGAUGCAGGCUGAUAUUGGAGUGUGUGAUGUUCUCACUGAAGGUGCAAGAGCUACAGCUAAACAUGUCAACAGGCUUGAGGUACCUGUACAGGCCUGUUUAUCAGAAAGCAUUUCAAGUGAAGGACAAGUAAAGGCAGAAAAUACAUCAUUGCCUUGCAAUCCAACAGCUCUUGUGAACGAUUCAUCAAGAACAUCUCUACCAAGUGAGAGUCCCAAGGGAACACUGACAGAAGAAUCUUCAACAAAGGAACAAGAAAAAAAGAAAAUUACUGCCACCACAACUAUGACACAAAUUCCAACUUAUUUAGCAACAUCUGACAAGCCAGAGGUGAGGUCUUUUUCAAGUAGUACAAAAAAUAAUGCCACACCAGUGAAUGCAUCAAAAGAGAUUGAGUUACCCAUACAAGUGAGGUCAAUAUCCACUGAUAGACUAAAGCCGUUUGUACCACCAAAAUCCAGCUAUAAACAGUCAUUUGCAGAAAUUACGUCAGUGUCAAGUGACCCAUCAAAAGCAGAUACUCAAGCAUCAUCUGUUAUUAAACAGCAAACCAUGUUAAAUAGUGAAUCAAAGAAAAAUGAAACACCAUUAACAGUAAUACACAAGGAUCAACCAAACAAGACUUCAUCAAGAGAUACAAAAAGACUGGCUGUAUCAGCUGUAUCAAGCUACAAACAACCAUCCAUCCCAGUCACAACAACUCCAAGUGUUGUGCAAAAAUCCACCACAAAGACAUUGGCCAGUCUGGAUCAACAGCAAUCUUCUGCUUUCUUGCAAACAACAAGCACUUGCCAGCAGCGAAACCCAUCAUUCACUCAAGACCAGUCAAUGCUAGAUAGUUCCUUUGCUUCUAACCCAUCAGGACCACAAGCCCUUGGCCACACAGGAUCUGUGACGAGAGCAUCAUCUAAUAAUCGUUUUCACACAGAUGAUUAUCUUUUCUAUGCUUCAGAUGAUCCUCCCAGCUAUGAUGAGCGAGAGAGUUUCAGCCCACUACGGUUAUCAUAUGACUUACCCCCCCAUAGGUCAUGCCGGUAUCAUCCAACCACAAAGCAAUCUUCUUGCACCUGUACACCAAGUUCUCAUUUACAUCAAGGACACCCCCACCACAGUCCACAAGAACAGGUACCAGCAGCUUCUAGGUCUCCAGGCCAAGUCCUUACCUGUCCCAGAGCUCCUCCGCAAGCUCAAGUUCGUCCUCAUCAGUGCAGACCAGAUGGUCUGCCAGUCUCCAAUACCACAAUACCCCAUGCCUCAGCUUUGGUUCAGCCUCUACACAACCCACGAGCUUGUCCUGUUUCAAACUCACAAUCCUAUGGUGAUGACCAACCACCAACUUCUGGGUUGCAUGCAGAUAGACGCCCAGCUAAUCAUCCUUCACCUCAAGCAGCAGGUCCUGCUCCCUAUCAUGAGUAUUCUCAUUCAGCUAACAUGUCUACUGUGGAUCCUAGGCCUCAGUUGUUCAAUCCCCAAGAUUUGCCACCAUCUUUUGGCAAUGAUUAUGCAAAUGAAGGUCCAGGUGGAGCUGGCGUAUUGUAUCCAGAGAAUGUGAGUGGGCUCAACUGUGGCCAAGGUUCUCGUCGUGUCCUUCUUGAUCCUGAGACUGGUAAAUACUUCUACAUUGAGGUACCAAUGCAACCACUCAGAAAAAUGCUGUUUGACCCUGAAUUGGGCCAGUAUGUGGAAGUUAUCAUACCACAGCAGGCAAUGUCCCAUUCGGGGCUGUAUCCACCAGCUGCACCACCCUACUCCUCUUUGCAUAGUCCUGGGUUGUAUGCACCACAGUACCUGCCUUAUGCAGUGCCAUCUUACCCAGCAAUCUCAGGUAGUGCCCAGCAAGUUCGCCAUCUGGAGCCACCUCCUGUCCCCACCACACUUCACCAGACUUCCUUAAGGUAUGGAAGUCCUUCAAGCCAGAUGCCAAAAAAUGAACCAAAAGGUAAUUUAUCACUGGAUCAAAGUUAUCUAGAGAGCAUGUAUUACAUCCCCACUGGGAUGAAUGCAAGCCCAAAUUCAACCACUUCAGACUGCUACCACAAGCCAUCAAGCAUGCCUCCUUCAGGGGGAAGAAGAGCAUGAAACGGCAGUGGAUACAUGUGGCCUGUUUACAUUUGAAAUCUGUUCUAGUUGGCAGCGUCUUUAAUUUAAGUGGGAUAUAAAACGUCAAAAUGUCUAGUCAAAAGAUGUAGCUUCUCAGUUAUAAGUCUAAGAUUGAAACAAUGUUGUUUCUGCUCAUUUUAUUUAAACAAUGUGAAAGACAAUGUGUUAACUACUCAAAAAGACCCAAAACAGUUUUGCUUUCUUUCUGCUGUUUUUCUGACAUUUGACAUAUUACAGUUGUCACUUUCUGAUAUAAUUUCAGUGUAUCAUUUGGACAAGUCCUUCACUUUCCUUGCAUAGGCCAAGCUUAUGCAAUGGUAGGCCUUAUCUUGCAAUAGCUAUCAGGGUUUAACAAACCAUGUCUUCCUUGAACACCCUUAAUAGUUAUAUAUUUCUGAAAUUAUUUAUUUUGAUUCAAUAGUGUGUUUGGCGUUUUCACUUCUAAGUGACAUUAUUUAUCAAAUACAUGACAUACGUAAUAUGAGAUGAUGCAAUUGCUUUGUGCAACACCUUUGAUGUGCACUGGGACAUGCAAGUAGAUGCUGUACAUUUGGGUAAAAGAAAAGAAUGUGGAUGAGCAAGAUCCACCAGUUCAUUCAUUGGUAUUAAAAUCACAGACAUAUUUUCUACCAUCAGAGGAUUGCCAUUUGCUAUUUUUUACACAUGGAUACAUCCCAUUAAAGAUAACUGUUUA